AUGCAGCAAGCUCAAGGAUCAAACCAACUACCUAUCCAAACAGUAGUGAAUCCAAAAGGCCCUAAUGUGAGUGCAAUUUCUUUGAGAUCUGCAAAGAGUUUUGAACCAGCCCCAACACCAGAAAAAAUUAACAAAAUUGUUAAGCCCAUACCUAAACCUAAUUCUGAUGUUGUGGUUGAAGCUGAAAAAGAAAAAGAGUAUGUACCACCAAUUCCUUUCCCACACAGAGUAGCGAAAAAUAAAAAGUUGGAUGAGGAAGAUAAGGAUAAUGAGGUAUUUGACAUAUUCAAAAAGGUAGCGGUGAACAUUCCAUUUCUUGAUGUGAUUAAGAAAAUUCCAAAAUAUGCCAAGUUUCUUAAGGACUUAUGUAUUCACAAGAUGAGAUUGAAGGGGAAUGAGAGAGUGAAUAUGGGAAUAAAUGUGUAUGCCUUCAUUCAUCCUAAUAUUUCAGCUAUCACUCAGGACAUGCCCCAAAAGUGCAAGGAUCCUGAAACUUUUGUUAUUCCAUGCACCAUUGGGGAUAAUAAAUUCGAAAAUUGCAUGGUGGAUUUAGAAGCUUCUAUUAAUGUUAUGCCUACUCCUGUUUAUAAUAAUCUUGAUCUUGAUCCUUUGCAGAAUACAUGUUUAACCAUUCAAUUGGCAAACAAGAGCAAUGCUCGUCCUGCUGGAGUAGCAGAAGAUGUACUAGUUCAAAUUAAUGACUUGAUUUUUCCUGCAAAUUUCUACAUUCUGGAGAUGGAAGGAGACACUAAGUCUAGAAGGGCACCCAUCAUUUUAGGCAGGCCAUACAUGAAAAUAGCAAAAAUAAAAAUUGAUGUUGUUGAUGGCACAACGUCGAUGGAGUUUGGUGAUAUCAUUGUUAAAUUUAACAUUUAUGAUGCUAUGAAACAUCCCAUGGAGGAAUAUUCUGUUUUUCACAUUGAAUUGCUUUCCGAGUUUGUUGAUGAUACUUAUUCUGACUUGUUUUCAGCUGAUUUCUCAUCAUUGUCAGACUUUGAUUAUACUGACUAUUGUGAUUCAUGUACUGACACUAAUAUUUGUUCUGCUUGUGCUGAGAUUGAGGAUGCCUUACAUGUUGAUAUUUUUCCUACAGAUGAAGUGGUAAUUGAAGCUGUUUAUGCAGCCGAAGCUCUCGACAUCCUGGUGUUGUACCCCAAAAUAUGCCCUUCCUUUUUGAUCUCUUCAUUUAACCCUUAA